GCAUGCGCCGAGCGCUGAUUGGCCAGUGUCCUGAGGCGCGAGGUUGCCGCCCUGAAGGCUUAGCCAAGAUGGCGGCCGCGGGGCCGCCGCUGACAUGGGAUAUUCCGCCAAAAAAUGGCCAAGAAGUAUUUUUCUCCCAUGAACUUUACGAGAAACAUUCCUUAUCCCUGAGCCUCUCUGAACUCUGGCAUUUAUCACACAGAAAGGCAAAGAAAAAUGCAGAGGCUUUGGCAAACUCUUCAGAAAAGAGGCAGGCUGGUGGCCUGCAGGCUGCAGAGUCACCUGAGGGGGAAGCUGAAGGCCCAGCUGCUGAGCAUCCUCUCCCAGAGCCCAGACUCCCCUAUCCAUUUACCUCUUGUUUGACUGAAAAGGAGCAGAAGACAUACUUGUACCUGAUGACUAAGUUCUCAGACAAAAGAAACCAUUUCCAAGUUAAUGAAGCAAGUCAAAGGGAAUUUUUCACAUAUAUGCAAAUGAAAGAAGUAGUAAGCAAUGAAAUUGCAGAAUUUAUGAAAUUUGCCCAAAACGCUGCAAAGAGCUGUGCCCAGGAUUAUGAUGCCAUCUCUGAGGAUGCCCUACGUUACACUGAGGAAUUGCUGCGUGCAUGCAUUGGGCAUGUGCAGAAGUAUCCAGAGGUUUACACCCUGCAGGAGAUCACGAGCCUCAUGGGAGGAAAGUUUCACACACAGCUGACCCUUAGGCUGGAAAAAAAUCUUCUUGCAGUGGGUACAGCAAGACGUGCUAAAACAGAUUUCCCUUCCAUGCCUGUUCAGCUGCCCACAGACUAUGGCACUGUUACAUCUAUGAUAACCCCAGAAAAAAAGGCUCAUGUGAUGCAUCAUGAUAUUAGUUCAGAUUCAAAUGCAGAAAAACUUGCUUUGAAAUAUUGUCCCCAAGUUGUUUUAAGUAAUCAAUCAUUAUUUACUCUACUGAAUAACCAUGGACUGAACUACAAGGAGCAGUGGGAAAUUCCAGUUUGUGUUAAAAUGAUCACUGUUGCAGGUAGCAAACCAGCUAAAGUGGUUUAUGUUGAUCCACCUCUGCUGAGAAAAGAAAUGACAGUACGAGAGAGGAAUCAAAUGUUCCAUGAAAUUCCAAUGGAUUUCCUAGCAACUAAAACAUCUUAUGUUCCAAUUUCUGAUGUGUCAAUGGACAAACCAGCUGAGGACAGCCUGCUUCAGUGGGAUGUGUGUCCUGACACCUACCAGUGCAGGACAGUUCCUCCUCCAGAUGACUCAGGGAUGGACUUCGAUGAUGAUCUUACAGAGCUUGAAACGUUUGGAGCAACAACCAAGCUCUCAAGGACUUGUAAAAUGGAAACUGCUUGUCCUACAGCUAGUAACACUGCUAAAACUCUGUCUCAUGGCCUAAAAGUGUGGGGGAAGAAUUCAUCAGCCAUAAGCAGAGGAGGUGAAGAGGAGAAAACCCCCCUUUGUGAGCAAGAGCCUUCAGCACGUGCCAGCGUGCAGCUUCCACCGGUGGAUGGCGUUGCAGGCUGCAGCCCUCAAGGACACUCUCCUUGGAAAAGCUCUCAGUCAGUGGAGGUAGGGCUGGGCAAAGCACAGCAUCUCAUGGCCAAGGAAGUAUUGGACAAUGAAACAAAAUUAAAUCCUCUGCCUGUUGCAGUGAGUUGUGAGCAAGAGCCUGGUGGUGCUCAGAAGAGAGAGCCUUGCACUUCUUUCUGCAGCAGUGACACGGAUGAGGAGCGCUUGGUGAUUGAUGCAGAGUGUGACACCCCAGCUGUGCCACCAGCUGCUUCCUCUGCCUCAGCAGAGACUGCCAGCUCUCCUUGCCCUGCCCAGAGCCCUGCAGCAGGCAGCACUGACUGCUCCCAUACCACACAUCGGGGCAAAAGAGCCUCCAAGAAACCUCCAAGGAAGUUAGCCAGAGAGUUGGAUCCUGUCGGGCAAAUUUUGAAAAUGCAAACUGAACUCCUCAAGUCCCCUUCCCCAAAAGCUCCUGAGCCAGUGGUGAGCUGGGAUAGCUGUGAUGCUGUGCCAGCCCAGCUGCCUCAGUCUCCAAGGGCACUGGUGACCUCCAGCUCAGAGGCUGUGCCAGCCCCAGCCUCCAGUGCCACCAGCUCCUCUAGGAAUACCUGGACGUGGCUUUUUGAGGGAGUGCCAAAGACAAAGCUGCCCAGUGCACUCCAGCUGCUUGAGGAAGACCCCUCAGAGUAUGAGGCCCCUGAGGAGGGCAAUGUUGUGUACAAGCUGUUCAGUUUGGAUGAUCUGCUGCUGCUCGUGCGCUGCAGUGUGCACAAAGUCAGCUCCCUGACACAAUACCAGAAAAAGAAAAAAGCCCAAAAGCCAACUCCCAUAUUCCUGUUGCCAAAACUGGAGUACCAAGCCUACUAUGGUGUGGAAGCUCUUACAGAAAGUGAAGUGUGCCAGCUGUGGACACAGAGCAUGCUGCAUUCUAAAUGCUUGUUUUAUGUUGGAAAUUGGCUUGCACAGGACUUUGCAGACAGCUCAUCCAGCCACCACCUCUUUUUAAGGAGCUUCUUGGGAGUGCAGGAGGCAGCAGGAUGGGUGUGCAGGUGCUGUUGCAGAUGAAGAGCCACAGAGCCCUCCCCUUCCAGCUCAGCUUUCCUGUGACUCCUGGAGCUCCCUGCUGGCUGUGGAGCUGGCAGUGCCCUGGGCUGGCCUGCAGCACAUCUCUGUUGCCAUGCUUGGGAUCAAGUCAGCAGUGCUUCUCAAUCCCAGGGAUGUUCCAUUCGUGUUGGUUUGUCAGUUCCUGCAGCUGCACUGCAGAAGCCGGGCCUGGGGCACACAGGAGUUCUCCUGUGGGCUCUGAGGGCUCUCUGGGCUGUCUCUGUCCUGCACAGUAAAUGGGUGCUCCUGGCCUGGGAGGCAGAUUCUUGGUACUGCCAUGUAGUUUCUUACAGAAUAGGUAAAAAAAUACCAGUAAAUAUCCAUUCUAUGAAAGAGCAUCUCCCACAGUUUUUAAUAGGCAGCUGUUAUCAUAUUCUACAUGGGGAGUUUUCUGCCCUUGGUAUUUUGCAAGGUAGUUGUGAAAUUCUGCCUUUCAGAUUGUGUUCUUAAGGGAGCUGUGGAAAAUGCAGUGUUGCACUCAGAUUUACUCAGAGGGCUCUCUGCAGCAGAGAGCUUUGUCCUGAAACUGCAGGGACAGUUCUGAGGGUGAUGAUACCCUGGUGGUAUGGACAAUUUAAAAUGGGCUGAAUCUCUCUUUCUGUGUCACUAAUCUGAUACCUGAUAGUGAGACUGCUGCAGUGAUCUGCUCAGUGUAAGGAGAAAGGCAGGGAGCUUCUGCAAUCAUGCUGUAAUUUGAAUAUUUUAAGUGAAAAGCUGUGUUCUAUAAUAAAAGAAUUUUUCAAUUGAACAUUUUGUAAAGACAAAGUUACUGCUCUUUUUGAAUUUGCCUCACAGUAUGAGUGUGGAAGUGUGGAGCAACAUGGUUUGAAAACUAUUAUCUUACUACAACUUGCAUUCUUGAUCAGACAGUUAGUUAAGCCUUUAACUUUUAAAUUUUAAGUGUGUAGCAGACUUCAGUGCUAAACUGCAUAGGCGUUUUUGGCUCUUGGAAAAGCUUAAUUUUCUGUCUCAACCAUCUCUUGUAUUGCCAAGUAAGUAUGGAGGAAAAGUUCUUUGGACCUUGGUCUGUGCCCCACAACUGUCCAGCAGUGUUGUGUGGGACAGAGGGAGGAUCUCAGCUCUGCUGUGACUCAGGGUUGGGACAGAAAUCAGAUGUGUGACCAUGGCCUCCAGCAGCAGCUGCAGGGGGGAAAUGAAGCUGAGGUGGUUUGUUCAGGAUGUUCUCUAAAAGCAGAGACAGCAUCAGCAAACAGAGAGCUCUGCCUUCCUCCUGCUGGCAAAGCACCUGCCUUGGCUGUCAAGGCCCCUUGCUGCUCAGAUAGGAAAUGCUCUGUCUGCAAAGGCAGUGAUCUCUGUGACAGGCUUCCCAAAUAAGGCACUUGUACUUGUCUGAGCAGUAAAUAAACUUGUGAUAAGCUUUGCUGAUUAAUAGCAGCAUUUUACCCUGAGCAUUACUCACUUAUUUGCAUUGAGUGCCUAAGCAAAAUUUUCUGCAAGAACAGUUUACUUUCACAUGAAUGGAAUAAUAUUGGACUUUAAAUUAACAUUAUUUGAAGAAUGGGUAGGAAAAAAAAUACUUAGUCUUGGGUAACUUACUACAUGUCAAGUAUUUUCAAUCAGUCACUUCUCCAAUAUAAGAUAUAGUUAUAUAAACUAGUUGGAAGUAGUUCAUAGAUAUUUUGUAAUUACUAUUUUUUCCCAGUUAUGUUAUGAGUGUGUUUAGAAGUAGAGAAGUUUGAUUUGAGGAGAGGCUGGUGAGGAAUACAGAACUCAAACACAUUUUUUUAAAAUUAUAUUUUUAAUAAUGACUUCAAGCCUCUUUUUGUAGUCAGCAAUGUAAAAUACAAAAUUUUGCUGCUUAGUCUUGCACAAAAUACUGAUAUCAAGAGAAGUAACAAAUGUACAAUAUUUAAAAGAAAUGGGUUGUCCUGGUGCAUCUUUUUUAAUUUGUUGAAGUGAGAGUUAUUGCUUAAUCUUCUUACACAGCACAUAAACUUAGUGAUGGCUAGCUUGGAAUGUGAAAUGCUUUGAUUUAGCAGUUGUAUCUGUGCAAUUGAAGCAUUUACACUUCCUAAGAGAGCAGAUUUGUAGUAAGACAGUAAAUUCCAGAGUAGGCUGUAUUUUAUUAUGCUGCCUUUUCCUCAUCCUCCUUCUGGGAGCUGAAAUAGAAUAGAUUUCUGGGAAAACCUCAGCAUGGAAAGAACCAGAAGGCAAAGUACAGUAGAUAAAUCCAUGUCCAAGCUAUGCUGGUGAUUCUUAUUGCUCAUCAAGUGAAAUGUGGACUAAAAUGUCCUUGGCAGCCUUUAUUUUAAAAAUGUAAUGAGAAGAGCUUUGAAUUGUUGCUUCUCACUGCGUCAGAGUUGUUAAAGACAACUUGCCAUGAUCAAGGCCUGACGUGUAAAUUGUAAUUCCUCAGGUAAGGAAGGGGGGGGAAAAAUCAAGAGACAAAGCAUCCCUAGAAAGUCAUGCAAUAGAUCAGAAUGGAAAAGCAAGUAUGUUAAAUGCAAAAGUAAAUCUGUUGCUAAAGAUCAGCUUUUGGGAUCCAGGAGGAAGCAAAGGAUGAAAUGAACUUGAGGAAGCACCAGGGAGUGAUGAGAUCAGGGCUGUGUCCCACCCAGCAGCCAGGAUGGGAGGUUUGGAGUCAGGCUUGGUUUGGAAGGACAGGGUACAGAUGCCUGUGCUUAAAGCAGCUGCACAUUUUACUCUCUAUUAUGGUGCAACAUUGAUAAGUACUUUGCACUGUUCAAUGCCAAAAGAGCAAAGUUUUUUUUAUCCUUCUAAAAAGGUCUGCAAAUUAUGCUCUUAUAUUUGUUUGGUUUUAUUUUUAGUGUGUUAAUUGAAUUCCUUU